AUGUGCAAACCAGGAGCAGCAACACCAUCCGCGUCUCCAGUCAAGCUGGCGACUCUUGUCGGUCUCUGGUAUGCCGGAAACACCUUCUACAACAUUUACAACAAACAGGCGCUCAACAUGAUCGAAGCGCAUUGGUUUGUUGCAUCUGCUCAAUUGGUUGUUGGUAUCUUUAUCAGUCUUGCCAUGUGGUUGAGUGGAAUCAGAAAGAUGCCAAAUCUUUCACAAAGUGAUAUCAUGGCGUGCAUGCCCAUCGGAUUGUUUGCUUCGCUUGCACACUGUGGAACAGUUUUGGCCUCAGCCGUCGGUGCCGUAUCGUUUGCUCAAAUCGUCAAGGCCUGCGAGCCUGUUUUCGCUGCUGCCGUCGGAGUUUUGGUUCCACCAGUUGAUGUCAAGCCCACCUUGGCUUACAUUAUGCUUAUUCCAAUUGUCGGAGGUGUCGGUCUUGCGUGUAUCAAGGAAGGAAAGGGAGUUGAUAUCAAUGUUCCUGCUUUUUUGUUUGCCUCCCUGGCAAACGCUGCUGCUUCUUUGAAGGGAAAGCUUGGAGGUUCAGUCACCAAGUCAUUGAAGAGCGAUCCAUCAAAGAACAUGGAUGCUGCCAACGUUUACGGGGUCAUGAACAUCAUUUCUUUCUUCUUCACUAUCCCUUUUGUUGUUUUCACUGAACUUCCUACUCUUUCGGAAACCUUUGCCAAGGCAGCGGAAGUGCACGGCGCUGACGCAAUUAUCAAGAAUAUCGUCAUCUCUGGACUGUUCUUCUACUUCUACAAUGAAUGUGCCUUUGCAUUCACUUCUCUUGUGGGAUCUGUGACUUCCUCAGUUUUGAACACCGCCAAGCGUGUCAUCAUCAUCGUCGUUUCUUCCAUUGUAUUCAAAGAAGCCAUGGAAAGAAAUACUGUCAUCGGAUCCGCUAUUGCAAUUUGUGGUACUUUUGCAUACUCCUUGACGUCCAAAAAGCCAGCUCCUAAGACCAAGGCGGCUUAA